ACCCAGAUAAAAUUACUCUGGAGGAUCUUUUAGAAAAGUUCAAAAGGAAGAAGAAGGAAAAUGAUGAAACCAACAAUACAGAGAUUCCCACUCCGGGUCAAGUAGAAGUUUUCCCUACAAUUUCAAGAGCAACUUCUUCUUCGAAUCUAACAAGAGUCUCAUUAGAAAAUAUACAGUGA